UCUGCAGACCGCGUUAGUGCGCGGACGCUCCUCGACGCGGUUGUUGUUGUCAUGCGCGCCUCGAAAACUGCAAACUGCCUCGACGAAGAUUUUCAAAUUUCCACAACGGGAAAACAGAGAUACGCCUGAAGAAAAACGAAAAUCGUAUAAACUCGAAGAAGAAGAAGUUGUCAACGACAUCCUCGUCUGCAUCGGCAUUUUUGUAUAGACGAAGCAAGAUCACUUGUGUGGUGUUGUUCGAACCUCCGGUGCUUGGUGCGACGGCAGUUGCAGCGCGCUUCUUCUCUAUUCCGUUUUUCCGGUUUGUUUUUUGCUCUUUACAUCCUGCACAAGGAAUAUCGCGUGCGGACGGACCGAUGCAGCGCGUGCAGUGUGUGGAUUAACCAUAUCUGAAGUGUUGUUCUCCAAAGGAUUCUCUUCGCUGGAGAUAGUGCGGAGGAUUUCGGGCCUGGCUGCACCGUUCCCGCAGAUGGGAGUGUUCGAGGAAGCCGCCUCUCGCACGCCCGGGAUGCAUUGGCAGCAGCACGAACAGUACCUAGGCCCGGCGUACGACCCAUCCCGCGACCUCUCGCCGAAUCUGCCGUCGUGCGACUCGUCCAUGGGGGACGCCGAGCCGAGCAUCUCGAGCGGCAGUUCCUGCAGCACACCCUCGAACAACAAUCACCAUCAAAGCUCGUGUGCCUCGGACAUCUGCAGCAGACCUGGAGGCGGUGUAGGAUCAGGAGGAGGUGUCAUCGGUGGUGUAGGGAGCGUCGUCGGACAGACGACGGAACUGUGCGGGUCGCAGCUUUCCGCCUCCUUCGAGCACAUCCACAUCCCGAAGCUCGAACCUCUGCAGGAUCCGCCGAGCACGCCGCCCACGCCUCCGACGCCUCCCAUCCACCCGGACGAUCCCACCGUCUGCGCCGGCUGCUGCCUAAGGAUCACCGAUCGUUUCUACCUGCAGGCGGUCGACAGGAGGUGGCACGCAUCCUGCCUCCAAUGCUGCCAAUGCAACCCGAAAAGCGCCGUCCUUAACGUGUUAAAGUUCUGGACAGUCCUUGUGCAGUAA